AUGGCGCAAAUAUCCGGGUCCCUAGGCAUGUCAGCUUUCAUAAAUAAUACCUGCUACCCCAUUCAAGGCCAUCCCUGGAUCAGGGCCAGCAGGGAGGCUAUUCAAAAACUCCUCUCGAGCGUCUUGGCUUAUGUCAUCGCUACUCUCAUGUGGCUGGUGGCUGACACGGCCAUCAAGCCACUGGUCAACCACUCGCUCGUAGCCCAAGUGCAUUCUCGUCUUCCAGCAUUGAGCACCGCGAAACUAGUUUGGACAGUCAAGCUCGAAACUAGCGUGGGGCAGCAUGAUUGGAUGACGUAUGUGCAACCUAUCCCUCAAGAGCGCUUCAUCCCAAACUUCAACACAAAAUUGGUUAGUCCCGCCACGGUUUUCAUGGAUUUGCAUAGUCAUGUUUCUGUUUCAUCACACCAACAAAGGCUUUCAAGGCAAAUCAUCAGGCUCCCGACUGAUUUCUCCUUUAAGCGUUCAAGUAACCGACAGUUAGCAAAAUCAACGCCAAGUCCAGCAGCCCACAUGUCCGAUGUUGGACUUGAUCAUCAUGUCCUUCUGUCCACAUUGUUUCAAGCUGCAUCUGGUGCUCGACCGGUCGGCGUCGACGUCUCCAAUCAGAGGGGAUUCAAGCGACGUUACGGGGUAGAAAGGGAUGGGAUUCACGGCCUCUGGCAUAAAAUAUGA